AGUUACCCAGUUAUGACAUCAGGGGCAGGUCCCCCGGAAGGAGGAGGAGCCCCAGAGCAUGCCUGGCCGUCCCUGGGCUUCUCUUUUGAGAGCUAACCCAGUCAAGAUGAGGGCAGAGGCUCAGAAGCUUUCCCAGCUGCCUGGAAUGCAGGGCCCGGCCGCCGCCAUGUCGGGCCCGUUUGAGCUCUCGGUGCAGGAUCUGAACGACCUGCUGUCGGACGGCAGCGGCUGCUACAGCCUCCCGAGCCAGCCCUGCAACGAGGUCACCCCCAGGAUCUACGUGGGCAACGCUAUAGGGAGCAUAAUGCUGAAUGGAGGGGAGAUCAGGAAAUACUGCCAAGGGUGGUCUGUGGCUCAAGACAUCCCCAAGCUGCAGAAACUGGGCAUCACCCAUGUCCUGAAUGCGGCUGAGGGCAGGUCCUUCAUGCAUGUCAAUACCAGUGCCAACUUCUACAAGGACUCUGGCAUCACCUACCUGGGCAUCAAGGCCAACGACACACAGGAGUUCAACCUCAGCGCCUACUUUGAAAAGGCGGCAGACUUCAUCGACCAGGCCCUGGCUCAGAAGAACGGCCGAGUGCUUGUCCACUGCCGUGAGGGUUACAGCCGCUCCCCAACUCUCGUCAUCGCGUAUCUCAUGAUGCGUCAGAAGAUGGAUGUCAAGUCUGCCCUGAGCAUCGUCAGGCAGAACCGUGAGAUCGGCCCCAACGAUGGUUUCCUGGCCCAGCUCUGCCAGCUCAAUGAUAGACUAGUCAAGGAGGGGAAAUUGAAACUCUAGGGUGCCCUCAGUGCCUCUUCUCUAGAGGUCGGAUGGAGGGAGGCGCCCUGGUUGUGGUGUCCCAAGCUGCCAUGUUUAGGAAACACAGUGUACCCUGCUCCCAGCAUCACCAGGCACUUGCCCGCAAGUCUGUCCCAACACAGCCCUGGGCCACUUUCCCCCUGGGGAGCAUAUAAAGAAGCUUGCUGA